GCGCAGCUCGGCGCUCAGCGGACAGCCGUGAAAGUGUGGGAGGCAGACAUUGUUGUGGUAGCAGUCCAGACCAAGAGGAUGAGCGGAGAUGAUGCUCACAUUGUAAGCGGAUAGGGGGCGAGAUCGAUUUAUAUUUUUUAUUUGAAUCUGAAGAAUGUUUUGUUUGUGAGAAAAAUUACAAAAGCUGCUGCAUUGUACGCGGACUCGUCAUACUGUAGCCAGCGCGUAACGGAGUUCAUUCAGCCGGGGAGAGAGCGAAGCACAGCCUGAUGAGGCGAUGCCAGCGACGUAAAAAACACAACAUCUGCAGGGUGUGCAUCCAAGGCUGCUGGAUCAAACCUCCGUGGAUCGAUUGGGCCUUCGUACAAACAGCAAAGGGAAGCCCACGAAGCUGUUGUUAUCUUCGAAAUACAAAGAGAGGAGGUAAAAUAAGGACAGUUGUGUUGUUUGAGGCCUUUGGACAACACAGCCUGCUGCUGAGGGGAUGACAGAUUGACAUUAACGGGGGUUUGCGGUGCAUCUUCAUCCUCAACCUCGUUAAGACGUUUCCACGAGAACAAUCAGUGGGUUCAGCUCGAAACAAGACUGAAGUCACACCAUCUUGAAGGCAGUCAGCUAAAUUAAGAUAUUGCAUGUUUCUGCCAUGAUUUGGCCUCCGGUGCUGUCGUGAUUGCACACAUGACAUCUGGAGCCCACUGGAUGCAGAUGAAGACGAGAAUAUGGUGAAGAUUCUGCACUGAAACAUCAAUCUACAUCUCGGCCCUUUCGACAUAUUAUCAGGUACCCUAAGGUGAAAGGUUUAAUGAAAAGAUGGGUAGCGACGGUGAGGUCAUAAAUCGAGAACUGUCAAAGAUUUCAGAUGAAGAUUUGCUUGCGUGCUCCAAAGAGGAGCUGGUGAGCCGGCUGCGUAAAGAGGAGUCGGAUAAAAUAUCAGCUCUGAUCCAGCGAGGUCGCCUGAUAAAAGAGGUAAAUAAACAGCUGCAGGGACACCUCCUCGAAAUCAGGGAACUGAAAGUCAUCAAUCAGCGCCUGCAGGAGGAGAACGUGGAACUGCGGGACCUGUGCUGCUUCCUGGACGACGACCGGCUCAAAGUGAAGAAGCUGGCCCGGGAGUGGCAGCUAUUCGGGCACCACGCUGCCAAAGUGAUGCGCGAGGACCUGGGCGGAUACUUGAAGAAGCUCGCUGAUUUGGAGCGCAUGCAGGAUGGGCUGGUGAAGGAGAACCUGGACCUGAAGGAGCUGUGCCUGGUCCUUGAGGAGGAGUGUGUGAGCAGAAGUGACUCCAGCCCCGGGGGAUCCACCGAGCUCAACCUGCCCUGUAUGGUGGCCCGGGACCUGGGGGAUGGGAGCUCCAGCACCGGCAGCGUGGGAAGCCCAGAUCAGCUUCACCUGGUGUGCUCACCUGAUGACUGAUGGAAGGUUAAGGCCAGCAGUCAGUGCUUCUCUGACUUGAAUGAGAAACCGCUGGAACCGAUGUGAUGUGAUAGAGACAGGAGCUUUGUCAGACUACAAUUAAAAUGGUGCAAAAGCAUAAGGGCCUUCUGAAUGCUGCAAAGAUGUGUGUGCCACCAGGUUUUCACUUGACAAAGAUCCUACCACCGUGGACAUUUUCAGGACUUUACAAAGACAUUUCAUAGAUGUUUGCAAGAUUAUAAUGUAUCAAAAUUUUACAGUGUUUUUUCUAGCAACUCUUCUGUUUUUUGGGAAAUUCUCCUUUUUCAUUGGUCUGUUGUUGAAAAAAAUGGGACCAAAAAAGUGGGUCACAUAUAUAAAUUUAUCUCAUGCACUGGACUAGCCUACACUGGCAGACGCCUUUUUUAUCUAUUGCACUGGACAACGUUAUCAUGAAUCUUUUUAAAAGCAGAUCUAAAGAUUCAUUUCGAUCCAGUUUUGAGCCAUAUUUAGUCCACUGAAAUCCAACAGCACUGAAAUAGAUUUAAAAAGAAAAAGAAAAAAUGAAACUAUUUGAUACGUUUUUUUUUGCUUAGAUGCCCAAUAAGGUGUAAUAUUUUGCACUCUCUUCCUCAGGACAGGAUUGGAGUUGCCAUAUGUGCAUGAAGAUUGUCACACUUUGUACAGGCCUGUUUAGCAGUCUGAUGUGAGGCCCCUUCAGGUUCAUUGUGGGUGGGGCUGAUGGUGCAUAAUGCACAUGUGCUACAGCCAGGGCAGAGCCAGCACACUUGAGAAGGUUUUGGAUCAGAUGUGAAUGAAAAGAUGUCCUUGGACCUCACUCAGAGCUGAACUGGACAAGGUUCUGUCACUUUUCUAAAAAUCAGACUGGAAACUCUUUUUAACAAACUGGAAGGUCUACAAGUUUGAAUGAUUUCUAUUCAAACAAAGCUGUUUAAAUUCACAUGUGUUACAUUUCUUUAUGUCAUUGUUGUUGAAUCAGCAUAUCACAGUAUGUUUAAAGCUGGAACUACCAGCUUUAUCCUCUGUCACUCAUGCUUUGUAUUUACCCCGUAACAUUAGGGAUUAUCUUGACUUUGACCCUUCUUGAUCUUGAUUUAUCUGUAUUAACUAGCAUUACUAAAAGAUUUCAGUUUACAUCAUAGAAGAUGCACAUGCAUUAGUAAAGAUUUACUUUGUCUCUAGCUGUUAAUUGGUGGACUAUGCUCAUAGUGCAUUGAAGAGCUUUAAAUACAGUGAGUAUGAUGACACUCUAUGGUGUUUGGGACCUUUUUUUGUGUGUUUGACAUUGCAGAAACAAGCGUUUACAUUGACACACAAUGAUGGAUUGAUUUCUGCAGUUUUGACCAGUUUUGACCUUCAUGUCUAAAUCGACUUUGUUUGAUUGAUGUUUCCUUCGUGUCAUACAGACUGACUUCAUGGAUGUUCAUCAGUUUUAUUUUUGGACCCUAUUUGCUCAAUCUGGAGAGCUGAAAAGGGCAGUAAUGCUUUUAGCCACUUAGCGAGGCACGUACUUUCUUUGACAGUAGCAUUCACUCAGAUUUUUUUACUCCUUUAUGCUCUCUGUUUGACUCUUGCUCCAUCUAUAUUUCUCUCCUUAUUGCCCCAUUUUAGCAGAGUUCUCCAAUGCUCUCUGAGCCAUGUGUGUUCGCGAGAGAUUCACUUCAAAUUUUAGAGGAGCAGAAAUCAGAGUCCACAGUUGGAGAGCAUAGAGCUGUCAUUAGAGUUUGUAAGUAAAGAAAACAUCAAAUCCUUUAAAUGAGUUUGUUAAAGGCUGAGCCUUUGAACCUUUUCAUUAUUAUUUUUUCUCAGUGUUUCCAAGAUUAAUUAUUUGAAUAUUUAAAGAUCCAGAGUAAAAGAUUAUAUCUUUAAUCAAAUUAAGUUUUUGUAUCACUAACAGUGAAAAACGGUCAUUUUAACAAAGCCUCACACUGGAAAAAGUAAAAGUAGAGAAUUAUAAUAGUUAUGACUCAUUUAUGCGGAAUGAAGCAUGAAAUAGUUGCUGGUUAUCUUCUAUCAAUUGACGAAUCAGUGAAAUGAAUACUUCUUUAAGACAUACAAGUUGUGUUCCAGUCAUACCAAUGUCUGUGUUAAACUUUUUAUGGACAUCUUCAAUGAUUCUUUCUCAAUUAAAUCUGUUGUUUUGAA